AUGGCCAAGGGCAAGUGGAUAGACAAGAAAACAGCGACGCACUUUACGCUCGUCCACAGACCUCAAAAUGACCCCCUCAUCCACGACGAGUCUGCGCCGCAGAUGGUGCUUAACCCUACCCAAACAAAAGGUUCCAAGAGCAAGGCGCUAGGUGAUUUGGCUUCAGAGCUUGGCUCCGAGGUCGAGAGCAUCCGAGACAAUGAAGGCGAGGCUGCGAACUACGGCGUUUACUUUGACGAUACCGAAUAUGACUAUAUGCAACAUUUGCGUGACCUGAACUCCGGAGGACCGGGCGAGGUCGUCUUCGUUGAGGCUAAUUCGAGCGGCAACAAGAACAAGGGGAAGAACAAGAUGUCUUUAGAGGAUGCUCUACGGCAGAUGGAUCUGGAGAACAAGGCGGAUGACCUCUUGGACGAGGUUGUACUGCCGUCGAAGAAUUUGCAGCACGUUUCUUACCAGGCGCAACAAGAUAUCCCGGAUGCUAUCGCUGGGUUCCAACCCGAUAUGGACCCCAGGUUACGCGAGGUUCUAGAGGCACUGGAGGAUGAGGAGUUUGUCGACAAUGAGGACGAUGACUUGUUUCAAGAAUUGGCGAAGGAUGGGAGAGAAAUCGAUGACUACGAGUUCGAAGAAACCGCAUUUAACGAAGAAUAUCCCAACGAUGACGACGAUGGCUGGGAGUCCGACCACACGGCCAAGCCUACGAGGGAGUACAAAGACGAGGAAGCAGACGAGGUGCCCGAGCUCGUAAGCGCUGGGGCUAACGGAGCGCAAGGCCAAAACUGGAUGGAAGAUUUCAAAAAGUUCAAGCAAGAUCAGAAGAGUGGCAGGCCGACGGGGGGCAUCACCGGCUCUGUGCUCGAGUCCACCUGGACGACAACCACGAAUGGCGGACGCCGCAAGAAGCGGAAGGGUGCCUUGACCAACGCGUCCAGCUAUUCCAUGACUUCGUCCUCGCUUGUGCGAACGGAACAGCUCACCAUCCUAGAUGCUCGCUACGAGAAACUUGAGCAACGGUACCAAAACGACCUUGAUGACCUGGGUUCUGUCUCCGAGAUUUCUACUGCGUCGAGCGUUCAGGGCCCUCUGAGAAGCGACUUUGAUAAUGUCAUGGAUGAUUUCUUGGCGGGGUACUCGAAGGGCAGGAGACCAUCUAAGAAGUCGAAGGGUGGCCAGAGCGGACUUGAUCAGCUUGAUGAGAUAAGAAAGGGAUUAGGUCCGGCGAGGAUUCCUGGUCGGAGAUAG